UCUUUCAGGCGACGCUGUCAGUGUGACGUAUAAUCUAGUGGACGGUUCUUUAGAAACAGCUGGUCAACCACCUCGGUAGCUUGCUAGCCAACAUAGCCGAAAGAUUCAAGCUAUUCACACGCUUUCGGUAUAUAUUAGCUACUGUGUUUUAGACACACUUCUGUCGUAUCUACUUGUAAACCUAUUUAAUUUAAUAUUACGUUAUUUUGUAUUAGUCAGCUAUAGUAGCUGGCUGGUUAAAUUAACAUUAGCCUAGUCGCUAAUGAUAACUAACAUCCCCGAACAUGAGCUCCCUAACCUACUCUCCUCCUGUUAAAGAAGAGGAGGUCUGCUGGACGGAGAAAGAAGCUCUGGGGCUUAACAUUGUCGUGAAAGAGGAGAAGGAAGAGGAGGAUGUUACAGUUAAACAAGAAGUAGAAGGUGAGGCUGUUACUGUGAAAGAAGAAGAGGAGGAUGUCUCAGUGAAAGAAGAGGGAGACGCGUUCAGAGUGAAAGAGGAGGAGGAUGUUACAGUAAAAGAAGAGGAUGCAGUUUUUGAAGUGGAAGGAGAGGAGACAGGAGAGAGAUGUGACCAUCGUGGAUCCUCUGGGGAGCCUCAACAACAUCAUGAUGCUGACGAGGCAGAGAAGAGUCUCUCCAGAUCAGAACACCUCAAGAAACACCAUCAGAGACCCACAGGAAGGAAACCUCACUGCUGCUCUGACUGUGGGAAACAUUGCAAAUCUUCAUCAAAACUAAAAAUACACCAGCGAGUACACACAGGAGAGAAGCCUUAUAGCUGUGAUCAGUGUGGCAAGAGUUUUACUCAGUCAAGUAGCCUGGUAUCACACAAGAGAACACACACAGGAGAGAAGCCUUAUAGCUGUGAUCAGUGUGGUAAGAGUUUUACUCAGUCAAGUAGCCUGGUAUCACACCAGAGAACACACACUGGAGAGCAGCCAUAUAGCUGUGAUCAUUGUGGCAAGGGUUUUACUCUGUCAACCAACCUGGUAUCACACCAGAGAAUACACACAGGACAUCAGCCAUAUAGCUGUGAUGUAUGUGCAGAUAGUUUUACUACAUCAAGCCAGCUGGUAGUACACCAGCGAGUACACACAGGAGAGAAACCUUAUAGCUGUAAUCAGUGUGGUAAGAGUUUUACUCAGUCAAACAGCCUGAAAUCACACCAGAGAACACACACUGGAGAGAAACCUUAUAUCUGUGAUCAAUGUGACAAAAGAUACUCUCAUUCAAGUAGUCUGAUUAAACAUCAGAAAAUACAUGCAGGAGAUCCACAGAGUGUGGAAUGAUCUGCAACACCAGACCUGGGUAGUAGAACACAGUGUGGAAUGACUUCCAAAACCAGACCUGGGUAGUAGAACACAGUGUGGAAUGACCUCCAACACCAGAUUGAUACAGUUGAAAACGGAGGUUUACAUACACCUUAGCCAAAUACAUUUAAACUCAGUGUUUCACAAUUCCUGACAUUUAAUCAUAGUAAAAAUUCCCUGUCUUAGGUCAGUUAGGAUCACCACUUUAUUUUA